CAGAAUGCGCUGACUCUGACUCAUGGAUUGGAAGCUGUGCUACUUCUGGCUCGUGUCUUUUCUAUUGGUGUGGGAGAUCCAGGCUCCUGGGAACAAUAAUGAAGGAGUUCCAGACAAUUUCCGAUUCAUAACUGAGCAUAGCAACAACAUUCAAGAUGCAAAAUGGAUGGUGGAAGAACAGAAAAAAGCACGCCAAUUAUUGAACCACUGGAAAGAUGCAGAUGUGACUGGCACAUCAAAGGUAAACAACAACAAUUUGCAGGAAGCUGGAGGGGAGAAUGAUGCCAUCUUCCCAGAGGGUAAGGAUCACACGGUGAUCCUGAGGAUGGAACCUGAUCAGAUUGUCACAGAUGCAUCUGACUCGAUCUACAACAAGCAGAAAAUCCAUGCCGGGGAGUACAGGACCUUGCUGAAAUGGAACGGCCAAGAAUUCAACUUUUUGAAAUCGACAUUCCAGGGGAAUGCCCCCGAGGUGACCAGCCGCUCAAAGCUGGUGGUAGUUGGCCACGGCUCAAGCCAAGAGAACACUUUGGGAGGAAUGACCGCCCAUCAGCUGUCCAAGACCAUCCUCACUCUCCGUGGAGCUGAAUCGCCUCUCGCCUUCCCCAGCAAAUCGGUGCAGUCACUCAGCCUGGUGGCUUGCAAUGUCGGCGCAGGCCCUGAAGGCGAGCAGUUUGUCCGGGAUCUUCUCAUCGAUCUACGGGACCAUGAGCUGGAGGUGGGCUCCCUGUCGGCCCGGACCGCUAAGGUCAGCGUCCUCCCGGACGGCACCAAAGUCACGUCGGAUCCUGGUGAAGACUGGCUCAGGCAUGAAACCAGCCACCGGCGUCAGGUGAGGCUGGGUGAAGACAACCAGCUGGAAGACCUUAGUGAUGAGGACAGCUACUGGACACACACAUAUGACCCAGAUGAAGACAUCCACCCUUUGGUGGACCAACCAGGACAUUUAAUUUGGCACAUUGACGGAGAAGAAUACCUGGUCCCGGACACGAAGCUGGAUGAUAUCAUUCAAAGUAAAACUAAACAAAUAUUUGAUAUGGCCGAAGGUGUGACGGUGGAAGAAGUUGACAGGAUAAAAAUUUCCGAUCAGAAACAAGAAACUGUUCGAGUGAGAGUAUUUGAGACGUUUCAGCAAUAUCUGGCGAACGUCCUCGAUCUGAUCCGGGAAAGUCAAGUAGCGAGAUACCGACUUCUCAGAUCAGAAUACAACAUAAAAAACAUACAGACGGCAUGGCAAAAACAGCAGCUCCCUUUACCUGACAACAUCCUGGAUGAAAAUGAUAUGCCUGUAAUACGGGACGAAAAGAAAUUGAUUGAUAUAUGGGACAGGAUUGUCAACAUCAAGAAGAUGAAAAAAAGAACAAAGGACCAGGAAACACUAAAUAAAGUGUACGAAAGUGUUGUGAAUGGAAUGAAGAAAGAAAACCGAUUCAUACAAUUUGGUGAGUACACUUUGAAGAUCAAUCUGGAGAACUUCUAUGUUGAGCCAUACAUCCUCCCGAAUGGUGAAGCCCCACCAAGAGAGAUCGAUUUGACCUACAACGGGCUUUUAAGCAGCAUGAAUGCUGCUGCGUAUUUCAAGCAGAAUGCUAUAGCCUGGGUGACUGGGGAGGCAAAUAUGAUCAGUAAUAAUGUCAAUGAACAUGACGCCGUUAUCGUGGCAGCGACCCACUUAGCGGAGGUGGCGAGGAACCCCAGGAUGGUGCUGAUGAACUCUCUGCUCUGUGGCCAGUCCCGAAAUGCCCGUCAAUUCAUUGAGUCCCACCCCAUGGCUCGGGGUGGCACGUGGGGGACCAACCAUGCCAACAUCGGCUUGCAGACAGUAGAGACUGACAAGGUGCGGGAUCUAUCUCGGGCAGUCUUAAAAGAAUGGAUGAGGAGUACUUUGUUCGGUUUCUCACUGACACAGAACAGCGAAAACCUGCCACCAAAGGCUGAUCAGAAUGAUUUUGAUCGCUACAUCAACAGCGAGGUUUUCAAUAACCUUCCAGAGAUUCCAACAAUGCAGACCUACUCCUACCAAAGUCUGAGCCGAGAUAUAGUUGACCAUAUGCGGCGAUUGGAAGACUCGGUGCUAGGGAAGAGUCUCCGACCAAGAGUGGCUUUAAAAAUGGCCAACGACAUACAGUACUUAGAGCGGGAGGUGACACAGAGCGUGAAAUCCCAAGAGGAGGUGGACAGGGUGGAGUAUGAGGUUGUGCAUGGCUCAGCACGCUUAGAAAAGGGAAGUUUAACUGUCAAAAUACAGAGCAAAAGUGGCCCUUCUAUCAGUAAGGAGCUUCAAGUCCCAACCAAAGUGGAGAAGCUCACAUCAGAGGAGUUGCUGGAUGAACAUUUCCGGGGUCUGGGCCAGGUCUCGGAGGGUGGAAGCCAUGCCAUGGAGAGAGUUAACUAUGCCCUGGGUGUCUAUGGCACCCUCAUGGGUUUCCAGGGGGCCCGAGAGUUCCUGGAACAGGGCCGCGAUGUGGAGGGUGGCAUCAUGCUGGCACAAGGAAUCCAUGGGCUGGGCGAGCUGGCCGGUAUCAAUGGGGAAGUCUCGAGUCUUCUCGAGCGCUCUGCCCACCGUGCCCUGACCAGCAUCGCCACACAGAUGGAGGGGAAAGCGGCCCAGAGCCUCCUGGGGAAAAUGUCCAAGCUGGGGAAGAUCACAGAGGCACCAGUGCUCUCUACCGCCUUCGCCGCCUUCAACAUUUACGAGGACGUGGAGAGGAAGAGCCCGCUCGGUUACGCCGACGCUGCGCUGGAUGGUGCCAUCUUACUGACGGGGCUGGCCGGGCCAGAGAUGGCCCCUGUCACCCUGGCCCUGACCAUCAUCAGACUCGGCCUGGACCCGCUAUACUCAGAGAUCAAGAGCAGCCUGGAAUCCUUACCCGCAGGGGCAUCGACUGGUCAGCGCUGCCUUGCGGUCCUCAAGGGCAUCGCCCUCGCUUUACGAGACAUUGGCCAGAGCAUUUUGGAUGUGGCGGCUGAGUUUUCCCCGUGGUCCCUGGCUUACAGAAUCCCACAGCUGGACGAGCGACAUCGCAAAGAUAUGAAAUUCAUCGAGGAGCUGAAGAGCGCCGAGAGUUAUUUCACCAUCACUGGGGACACCCAAGCCGAUGGGUGCCAUGGGGUGGUUGAUUUCUUAUCCGGGUAG